AUUGAGAUCAAGUCUCCUGCGACCGAGUUCUUCCAGUUCUUCACCAAGCAAUUUCACAAUCUUCCCAACACCACUAGUUGUGUCCAUGCAGGAGAGCUUCAUGAAGGAGAUGACUGGCACGCCAUUGGAUCUUCUAAGCGCUGGACUUACACUCUAGACGGGAAGGUGGUGACAUGCAAGGAGAGAUUUGAAGAGCUUGAUGAAGAGAACAAAUCAGUGAAAGUGGAGUUAUUCGAAGAAGAUGUUAAGAAAGAAUACAAGAGUUUUAAUUUCAUAUUAAAAGCCACAGAGAAAGAGGGAGGUGGGGGCAUUGCAACGUGGAGCUUCUUUUAUGAGAAGAUCCCUGAAGGAAUCCCAGAUCCCAAAGGCUACUUGGACUUGGCAACCACCAUGACAAAUGAUGUUGUUGCUCAUCUUCUUCUCAGUGCUCAAAAGGGAAAGUGA